AUGCCUGAUGAAUUGGAGGUGCUGUUUUCGGUUGGAUCGAUGUUUCGUAUUGAAUCUGUUCAAGAUACACAAUCAAUCGAGGGAUAUUGGUACGUAAAACUAAAGUUGGUUGAAGAUGAUAGUGAUAUUAAUGAGCUUCGAGUGGAAUUAGAAAAAGAAUAUUGUGAUGAAAGUGAUUUAUGCAGUCUAGGAUCAGUACUAAUAGCUAUGGGCGGUUAUAAAAGAGCUGAACGUUAUUUUCGCAUGUUACUCGAAUACCUCCCCGCAGAUCACCCGAAUACAUAUCGUAUCAACUCGUGUCUGGGAAAAAUUGCUCAUAACAAAGAAGAUCAUCAAACAUCGCUUAACUAUCAUGAAAAAGCAUUAGAAUAUUUGAAAAAACCAGGUAUUUACAAUACACAGGAAAAUAUCGGUCAAGUGUAUACUGAUAGUGCUUCAUCGUAUCAUCGUCUUGGUAAGCUUGAUUUAGCUAUGAAGUAUUUAACCAUGGCCAGCGAUAUUCAAACAUCACCAAAAUUACUUUCACAAACAUACAAUCAAAUUGCCCUAGUAUAUCGAGACAAAGGUGAUAACCGUUUAGCUUUAGAAUAUUUUCUUAAAGCAUUACAUAUUGAAAAAGAAAUAUGA